GCUCGGAUUGAUCGAUAACCCCGAUCGCCCCUGCGUAGUUCCAGCCGAUUCUUUUCCUUCGGACAGAUCGCCGCGUCUGAAAGCUCCGUGGGAAAAAUCGUCUGGGAAAUCCUUCGAUUUCGGCAUCUGGGCUCGUAGGUCUCGAAUCGAUACGGUGAGCGUUACCAUGGUUGGUGGAGGUGGCAGGAGGGACGAGGGAUCCCUGGUGAUCAACAACACCAACGUGUUUGCUGCGCUCGAGACGUUGAGGAAGAAGAAGAAGUCGGAUAAGGAUAAGGGGUCGAAGAGCGGCAAAGGGUCGUCGAAAUCGGGUGCCCAGUCGCAGGCCAAGGAGCCCGAGCCUCAGGUUUUCUGGGCCCCGACGCCGUUGAAGGAGAAAUCUUGGGCAGAUGUUGAUGACGAUGAUGAUGAUGAUUACUAUGCAACCACCGCCCCGCCUCCUGCAGUGUGGGGAAAGACGCCCCAGACCGAGGAGCAGCAGCCCGCCAAUGCAGAGGAUACAGAGAGUGAGGAUGAUAUUCUUGAUGAAGGGGAUGAUGAUUUGGAGGAAGAACAUGAGCAUGAACAAGAUGUUCCAGUACACCCAGAGCCAAUUGCAAUAAAGCCUGCUGAAGUUCCUGCUGCAUCCAAAGAGACGGAGAGACAGCUCUCCAAAAAAGAAAGGAAGAAGAAGGAGCUUGCAGAACUUGAAGCACUUUUGGCUGAUUUUGGUGUUGCACCGAAAGAGGACAAUGGCCAAGAUGAGCCACGCGAUGCGGUGCCAGAUAAGAAAGAUGCGGAGCCUGAUGGUGAGGGUGAAAAGAAGGAAAGUGCUCCUGGAGAGUCGAAAAGUGCCAAGAAGAAGAAGAAGAAGGACAAGUCUUCCAAGGAGAUGAAAGAGCUCCAAGAUCAGCCCAACAGUACAGAUGUCGUGAACGAACCAGAAACUGGAGCUGAACAGGUUGGUGAAGAUGGAUCAUCUGUUGACAUGAAAGAGCGGCUAAAGAAGAUGGCCUCAAUGAAGAAGAAGAAAUCCUCCAAAGAGAUGGAUGCUGCUGCAAAAGCUGCUGCUCAAGAGGCUGCCGCUAGGAGUGCAAGGCUCGCGGCAGCAAAGAAAAAGGAGAAAAACCAUUACAACCAGCAGCCAGUACGGUAAAGGACCGACUGUCAUUUGGCAUCUGCGUCUUAAACAUGUACUUUGUGCUGUUCAUAUGGCAAAUGGGAAUAAUCUUUUGGGCCUUGUGGCUCUGAUGUCUGAGGUGACCUUUAGUUGUAUUUGCUGUGAACUAGAAGAUUUUUCUUUUUUGAAUCUUGGAUUUGUUGUGGCUCCAUUGCCGUGGCCACAAACAUUUUGCCAGUUUUGCUUAUAUGAUUUAAAUUCAUCCUUGGGUGAGUGAUA